UCAAAAUAACAAAAAAAAAAAACUGCUGAUGCGGUGGAAUCGACGAAAAUCUAUCGUAGGGUCUAAUUUUCUAUCGGUUGUGUUUUAUUCUCUCUAGUCAUCCCCAAGAUCGUGUUACUUUGGGGUGGUAUCCAAGUUCUUCAUCAGCAGUGAAAGUGGUCACCGUUUCGGUUCGGCAAAAUGGGCUUUCUAUACAGGGUUCGUGUGCGUGUCAUCAACUGCUUGAUCUUCUUCUUCUUGAUUGUGCUAUUACCGGGUUUGCCCCCGAAAACGACCUUCCCGUUCGAAGGAUUCAGGUUCUCCAAGCCUCGUGAGCUGAAAGGAGCGCUAGAACCGACCAAUCAUCUGGACAACGCGGAGCGAUUGUUCGAAGGAAAGAUCUAUGGCCCGGAAGCGUUGCUCGUACAUGGAAAAGAUCUGUUUACCACGAUCCACGGUGGAGAAGUGAUUCGCAUCAAUGGUGAACACAUUACACAUAUCGCCAAGUUCGGCAAACCAUGCGAGCUCUCGUUCGAGGAGGAAACGUGCGGCCGUCCGCUGGGACUGGCUUUCGACACCAAGGGAUCGAACUUGAUCGUUGGCGAUGCCUACUACGGCAUUUGGUUAGUUGACUUGACGACGGGCAACAAGGAGCAGCUCAUUUCCCCCGACACCGUGCUGGAAGGCAAGGGUGCAAACAGGAAAGGAAAGUUUUUCAACAGUGUGGCUGUCGCGCGCAAUGGUGACAUCUUCUGGACCGACUCGUCGUCCGAUUUCACACUGCAGGAUGGCGUGUUUACCAUCUUUGCCAAUCCAUCGGGACGUUUGUUCCAGUACGAUCGUGCUACCGGAAAGAACAAAGUGCUCCUAGAUCGACUGUACUUUGCAAAUGGCGUGGCAUUGAGCCCUAACGAGGACUUCGUGCUGGUGGCGGAAACGAUGGCAUCUCAGAUACGCCGUUACUACCUGACCGGACCGAAGGCGGGCACGGAUGACAUUUUCAUCGACGGUUUGCCAGGUCUAGUCGAUAACCUGGUGGCGGACGCGGAAGGCAUUUGGGCACCACUGAUCCAAGCCGUUGACAACGAGAAUCCAUCGAUCCCACAAAUGCUCUCGAACGUUCCGCUGAUUCGAAAGUUUCUGAUCCGUAUGCUGGCGCUCGCUGAGCUGCCGAUGCGAAUGAUUCAUCAGGUGAUGCCCAAUGUACACACGCAGCGCAUCAUUCACGCGAUCGGUCACUUUGAGUCUCUCAUAUUCUUUGCUCCAAACCGUCAAACAUUGGUGAAAAUUAGCUGGAACGGUCGUAUCCUUGGAUCGCUGCACGGCUUCGACGGUAGCGUUGGAAGUGUAUCGCAUGUGGCCGAACUGGGAGACUAUCUUUAUCUGGGUUCGCCGUACAACAAGUUCUUGGCACGUGUACCACUGCCAAAGAUGCCAAAGGUGGAAAUACGUGAUGUAAAGUACAAGCCGGCAACGGAAACAACGGCUGCCCCGAAACCAACGACAACUACAACGACUACACCGAAACCGACCACAACGACCACGACUACACCGAAACCGACCACAACGACCACGACUACUACCACUCCAAAACCAACAACGACUACCACCCGGAAACCUGCAACUACUACCACCCCUAAACCGGCGACGACUACCACCACUACUCCCAAACCAACGACAACCACUCCCAAACCGGCAACGACUACUACUACAACAGAGAAACCUAAAACGACGCCAACGCCAAAAACUACUACAACCACCCCGAAAGCUAAGGAAGCUCCAAAAGCAUCCACCGAAGAGCCAGUGAAAGCGAAGAAAGCCGACAAGAAAACACCGCCACCGGUCAGCUCAAAGGAAACCCCAUCGGAGCCUGCCCCGAUUCACGAAAAAGUUCCCAACGAUACUCCUAAACCGAAGCAGGAGAAAUUGAAGGUGAUAAAGAAGGGCGGUGAGCAGGGAGAACUAUAAGACUACCUCCACUCACUCACGCACAAACAAACAUCUAAACUAGCUGAUCAAGCAUCAUCACAACCACAAAACAUGCACAACACGCGCAUUAAAUGGCGUGCUGCACGUUGUCGUAGGCACAUGCCUCCAAGCAAUGCGUAAAGAAUUAGAACGCAUGCGGGCGUUGGUUCUUAGGAGCCCGAGAGUACGCCCACCGAAUCCCGCUGGAUAGAGCUUUACAACACGAUCGUUACCGUAACCGUCAACAUAGUCCAAGUGACACGGGAAAAUUAAAGCAAUAUCUUUACCAUCAAACGGAUGAUGGUGUCCAACAGAGUGUGCGUCAGAAGAGGUGAGGGUAGUUUAUCUGUAGGCAGCUAAUGUACAACAUUCUUGUUAAUUUCAUUCCAUGAGUGAGGUAUUUUUUUACUCUCAAUCCUCCGGGAUUUUGAUUGCAUCCCAGUAUACUCUAUUUGUGCGUAGGUAGAUAAAUUCAUUCAAAACUAUUCCUUUUUGAGGUAGAGACCAGUGCGGCCAAAGUGUUCUGACAACGAGUCUAGGCAUUGGUAAGGUGAAUGCUCACAUCCGCCGUUUUUCUCAAGCAGAAAAAUCUGGCAGCGAUAGGUGAUGGUUUAGCAGAUGGUGUAGGAAGGUGAAAAGCGUUAAAGCAAAUGCAUCGCAAAACAAAUUGGUUCAAAAUUCUUUUCAUACUCAUUUUUGUAUAUUUAUUAGGGGUUCAACUUUUGUGAGGAAAAUGCAUAUUUGGUAAUUCUUUAAGGUUUAAAUGUAUUCCACAACGCAUUGAGGGCAUUGAGAAAAUAAACGUUUUUUUGCUUGG